UUGGUAGGGAGGUUUUUGGUAUUAUUCCCGCGUUAUAGCCUACACCUGUUGGUGCUGGUGAGAACUAGGAAGUAGCCAAUGUUUUCACUUGGAGUAACCUGCACGCCUCUACAGUUGCUAAGUAGGUGGACGGAAUAUGAUUGAAGAGGACGUGCCAACCUAAGUUUAGGAGAAGAUUACUAAAUUAUCGUAUCGUAUUCCAACGUCGGAUUCGCAAAAAGCUACAGGCAUUGAACGAUCAAUGACCUGUCAACUUCUCAACGAUUGGCAGUGUCGCUAAGGCGUACUUCAAAGGCUGGUUCAACUAUGCUGAAACAGAAGGCACUGAGGGUGUUUGUUUUUUGUUUUUGUAUCUUUCUUUGGAUUGCAGUGAGGUUUUUUCUUCAUGAGAGUGACUUAACAAAGAAUGUUGAGAGGGCUUUCCCUCAGCAGCAGUUGCAGGAUGAGAAAAGCGGUGUGAAUGGACAGAAAUCAGGGGCCCUUGAUGGGGCUCCUCAUGGAGAAAAGGACUUGGCAAAUCUCAAGGCAAAUCUCAAGGCAAAGCUCAAGGCUGAGGUAGAGGAGAUGCCAAAGCAAUCGAAAUCACACAUAGAGCUAAAAAGAUCCAUUGAUGAUCUACAAAGACCCAUCAAGAACCUACGGAGCAUCGUACACUUAGAUCUGAAAGGUGCUGCGCCAAAAGUGAAAUAUCUCGAACAGAUCUUCCCUCUCUUCUCAUCUCUUGGAGCAAGUGCAGUUCUGAUGGAGUAUGAAGACAUGUUUCCAUAUGAUGGAAACCUUACUCUUCUAAGAUCCUCAUUUGCAUACAGUGUGAAAGACAUCAUGGAAAUAAAGCGACUAGCGACGAUCAGUAACCUCGAGAUUAUUCCACUGGUGCAAACCUUCGGACACCUUGAGUUUGUUCUGAAGCAUGACAAAUAUUUUGACUUAAGGGAGGUGGCAGAGUUCCCCAACAGCCUGAAUCCGCGUAUUCCCAGCUCCCUAGCACUGCUGAAGGACAUGCUGGCACAGGUCAUGAAGCUGCAUCCAGAAGCAAAGCACUUCCACAUCGGAUGUGAUGAGGUGUAUGGCCUGGGAAAGGCCCAGGACUCCAAGGCUAUAAGUCAAGAGGAGCUUGGGCAGCUCUACCUCAGUCAUGUUACUGCAGUGGGAAUGUUUAUGACUGAGACCUGGCCCAGUGUGAAACUGCUUAUUUGGGACGACAUGCUGAGAAAGAUCAGCGUUAAUGCAUUGAAAGAAUCAGGUUUGCCAAAACUAGCAGCCCCAGUGGUUUGGAAAUAUUUACCAACGCUGGACUUCAAAGCCAUAAAUGGCUGGUUAUCUAAAUACCAGGAAGCUGGGUUCAAGCAUGUGUGGUUUGCAAGUGCAUUUAAAGGUGCAUCAGGACCUGACCAGAUGUGGACACCAUUUGGAACCCACCUAUAUAACCACUUGUCUUGGCUGGACAUUGUAGCGUACAUGAGCAGCUAUCCUGACUUAACUCUAGAGGGUUUAAUACUAACUGGCUGGCAAAGGUAUGAACACUUCAGUGUCCUGUGUGAGCUGCUCCCAGUAGGGAUCCCUUCCCUAGCUGUGUGUCUCCAGACUCUUAAGCAUGGUUCGUUUAAUGAUAAGGCAAAAGCAGAGGUUCACCAUAUCUUGGGCUGUGAAGUAAAAUUGGAUAAAGAAUUAUGUUAUGGCAGUGGCGCCUUUGCUGGUGCUGAGCUUUAUCACCUGGUGCACCGUAUCCACAUAGAUUUCCAAUCAUCAGUGGACGACUUCUUGCAGAAUAGACACCUGAGAGGGGCUUAUAGUCGGUAUCAUCACAAGUACAGCUUUGGAAAUCCACGAAAUCUAGGCUUAUUCCAACAUAAGCUGAUAAGCACACUGAAGGAAUGGGAGGCUGUGAUAGAGAACCUCCGCUCUGAGAUGGAAGCCAUCUUCUUUCCAGACACGAUUGAGGAGUGGAUGGAGGAGAAUGUCAACCAGCAUAUGGACAUGCUCCGGAACAUGUUGCAAGACGUACAGAGGAUCAGCCAGCGCAAAGGACGUCCAAAAUCCCAAAAGGCUUGAUUAGGAUGUGACCUAUAAAGUAUAAGCGGCAAAUGCAGGGAUUUUGAACUAGCCUACAUGGCAUUGUUCAAAUUAAACUCAUUCAUAGCUACAAAAGCUAUCACUGGGCAGAAGAUUGUCUUUUGGAAAGACAGUAGAAAUGUCCUUUUUUUAAUGGACUUGUUGCAGAGAUGUUUUUGAGGAAUUGUUGUUUUAAACAAAAACAUGACAUAAAGGAUCUGAGGUGUUUCUGAAUGGUGGUGGUGUGUAAUCAGGGUGGAGUUAUAAAAACAAAGCAUUUAUACUGUCUGUAUCAAUCUGUUGCCACGGUGUGUGGAUCUGACUGCCAUGAAAGAGGCAGGUUAUAGGCCAAUGUGUACAGUUUUACCUCAUUUUCUUUUAAAUAACUUUACCUUGAGUGUAUAACAUAUUACUAGUUCUGUAAAAAGCAAAACAAAUGUAGUAGGCUAAUUUAAUAAAUAGCCUACCCCAGUGGUGAUUGAUGCAA